AGAGGACGAAAAAGAAGUGCGUUCGGCGCGUUCCAUCCGUUGGGGUGGCUUCAAAACCAGGGAACAGUAUUUUCUCUGACCUGCCACUCGUGGAGAGAAGAGAGUCGAGUUCGGCCGGGAAAGCAGGCGGACGUGCCACUGAUCCAGCUCCACUCGAACAAGUCCUUCCAAGGCGACAACAAGAAACAGUCACCGACCAAAGUGAUAUUUUCUUGACUGACCUUUCGGCCUCCUCACGGGAGCCUUGUUCAGGGGAGUCAUGUCAGUCGAUGUAGAGCCAGGGACUUCUACCAUGUCAAGCACGCCCACCGAAGAUUGGUCCAGUAGUUGGACUUCCGGCACUCAAAGUCGAACGAACACGACGACCAGCACCAUGACCAGCAGCGCUUCUGCUGUCCCGUCUGGCCUACCGUGCGGUAUCACACCGUCCGGUAUCACGCCACCCGGCAUUCCUCCACGCCCUCCACAGAACGUCAGGUUCUCGGGCACUGCACUGAAGUCCCAGCCCAAGCCCCUCACGGAUACAGCUGACACCUCGGAUUUGAAAGUCCUCUCCGAGCCGCUUCCGAGCACGAAGACCCUCCCAUCCACCAUGCGGUUCUCGGUCGUGCGUACCGUACCACUACGCACCACUACGGCUAGUAGUGAGACCGAGGCCGAGUCCGAGACCACUGAAGGCGGCGUCCGGCCGAACACCUCGGAGAUAGCUGGGAGGGCCCGCAAUGAGGACGACUCGCGUGGCACCAUGGCGCCGAACGGCGCUGCCCAAUGGGAGGAGGAGGAGAAAGCGGCGGAGAAGAGUGAAGCGCGGGCGGAAAAAACAUUUGCCCGGGACCCUUCAGUUCGGCAACUUAACGCGCGCGCAUUUAUGAGCGCCGAAAUGUUGUAGAACUUGAGUUAUGCGUAGCAUAUUCGUAAAUUUUUCAUUCUUAUUUAGUAACUGGAUCAAAGGCCUGUUUCUGUCGCAGGUCUUGGUUCAGUUUCUGUCGCAGGUCUCGAAAUAAAGAUUAAUUUUGUCGAAAUCUCGGACAAUUCCUA